ACCAUCUUUCGGCUGCAAUGGCGUUUGCUGCGACAGCACUUUCCGGCAGCGGGGAAACGGAGGAGAAAGCAACGACAGGCGUUGGAAGUAAAGACGAAAUUGUUUCGGAAACCCUCGGAUUUAUACAAUUAUCGCCUUAGUGAAGUGAGCUUUGUUUAUAAACCCGUUGACGAAACUAUAUUUAGAGCUUUUUUUUCUAACGUGCAUUGCCCCCUUGAUGAGGUGGGAUGGCUGCAGUGCCGACUGGGCCUAGCAGCGCAUUGCCAGCAUCCCCGGCUGAAAUUUCUCCCUUCCCCGGGGAAGGGGAGCAGCCCGGCUGCGGUUGGGAGGGCUCUGUAACACGACAGGAGCAGCGGGUCAGCGAGGACAAACGGCCAAGUAAGAAAAAACAGAAAAACAUGCUAUCGCAUGCUAACCCGGCUGCGCUACACCUCAAAACGCAGGCCCCACAGGAACAGCAGCUGAACGGGUUGGUCAGUCCGUCUGAAGACUGUGAGAUCUACAACCACACAACGGAAAACCGAUCCGACAGUCCGAGACCGUCCAUGGAGCUCUGUGACAGCAGCAGUUUUGGAGACGACCCGAGUGACAAAAAUAAUAGCGACCAUUGCUGGCAACAUGAGGACCACAGUCCGUGUUCGAAAGGCAGCCGCCACCCUCACUUGAACAACAAUGGCAUGAACGGUAUGUUGACUAUCACAAGAACUGAGGCUUUCCAAAGCCACACUGUAACCGGACACAGCCCCGGUGGUAACGCUAGGAAAAGGGAAUGUGACCCCACAGAAGCCCCUCGACCACCGAGCCAGCAGCCCCCAGACUGCGAAGGCCUUGGCGAGCACCGGGCUGGAGUAGAAAGUGAACCCGACGUCAUACACCAGCCGCCGGUGUCAGAAUUAGCGAGGCUGGAUCUGAACUGUUCGCCUGACCGAGAAGCGGAAGAGAGCCAGGGGAUUCAUUAUGUCCGCUACGAGUCCGAGUUACAGAUGCCAGGAAUCAUGAGGUUGAUCACCAAGGACUUGUCUGAGCCGUAUUCCAUUUAUACCUAUAGGUACUUCAUCCACAACUGGCCUCAGCUCUGCUUUCUGGCCAUGGUGGAGCAGGAGUGUGUGGGGGCCAUUGUCUGUAAGCUGGACAUGCACAAGAAGAUGUUUCGUCGUGGCUACAUCGCCAUGCUGGCUGUAGACUCGAAACACAGGAGGAAAAGCAUUGGUACUAACCUGGUGAAGAAGGCCAUCUAUGCCAUGGUGGAGGGGGAUUGUGAUGAGGUGGUUCUGGAGACUGAGAUCACUAACAAGUCAGCUCUAAAGUUGUAUGAGAACCUUGGUUUUGUCCGAGACAAGCGGCUCUUCAGAUAUUACCUGAACGGUGUGGACGCACUGAGGCUCAAACUGUGGCUCCGCUAGAGAGAGGAGAAGGAGCAUGACAGGUGCUGCCCUCUUACUGAAGCAGCUCCAGUCUCACUCUCAACCCUGCCCUGGUCCCUUGUCUCACACGUGUGUGUGUGUGUGUGUGUGUGUGUGUGUGUGUGUGUGUGUGUGUGUGUGUGUGUGUGUGUGUGUGUGUGUGUGUGUGUGUGUGUGUGUGUGUGUGUGUGUGUGUGUGUGUGUGUGUGUGUGUGUGUGUGUGUGUGUGUGUGUGUGUGUGCAUACACAUACAUACACACACACACCCAUAUAUACAGUUACACCCACGCACAGUCAUACACCCAUAUGCACACACACAUCGUCAUACACCCACAAGCAUAGAUUCACCUACAUUUGCAUAUACAUAGACACACGCACAUGCACACUACUCAUACACAGUACACACACAGUACAUACAACCCUCCCUUUUUGAUCUUUGACAUCUUGGAAAACAGCUCAAGACUAAACUGGACAGACAGAAAUCCCACAAUGUUUUAAUGAAGAGGCCCUUGCCCUGUUAGCUGUAGGAUCCUGUGAGAGGGGGAAGGAAGAGGAGUGUGUGAUGUGGUCUGGUGACCUUUAACCUCAGAACAUUGCCCUCCCCCUUCCAACGAGCAGUAUCUAAGGCAUGAUGUCGAGGGUGAACCCACAAACCCCCGGAGGGCGAUGCAUCACGCAAAAUCACCCACAGGAAAACAGAAGAAGAAUAAAAACACAGGGUGAAAAUAAGGAAGAAGGUGGGAAAACGACAGAUUCGAAGGAAAUAUUUGUGGAGUUUAUUUUUUGUGUAUAUUUUUUAAUCUCAUGAUUCAACAGGGGGUUGGAAAAGCUAUUGUGUGUGUGUUCGUGAGAGUGUGUGUUUUCCCUAGGGGUUUGGAAAAGGAAGUGUUUAGGUUAUUGUGUACAUGUGUAAGGGACGUGAAGUAAGGGAUGUGAAGUAAUGUAGUGGAUGGGUGUGUGCGCACGCAUGCUUGGUGGGAAUCAUGAGUUGUGCGUGUUAGUGUGCUUUUCUCCCCCUGUCUGUGUUUUCAUUAACCCUAUGUUGUGAGACGAACACGCCAGAUGCUUGCUGCUCAGUUUUCACCCCGUGCCCCAGACCAAGAGCUGGAGCCUGUAAAGAUAUGCAUGCAUUUAUUUUAACAAGAGUGGUGGUAUGAGUGAUGAGUGUGUGUUGAUUAACACUCGGAACAUUGCCCAGUUCCAAACAGACCCAUAGUCCUAACUCCUAGGCACUUGUGUAUAUCUGAAAGGUUUGGAUAGGUGUAAGCAAUAUGGUGCAAAUUCUUCCUCCCUGUCAGAGGGAAAGGUGGAGCUAUUUCCAUUUUAGUAAAACCUAUUCAAUAAUUUCAGAUAUACUUGGUAAGUGCUUAGAGGGGUAAGAAUGAGGGGCCUAUUUGAGAUUGGGCACUUGUGUUGGCCCUUUUUGCAGAUCAAAGCUAAUUUUCCCAAAAUGCACUGCCAGCCACUGGAACAUUGCUCAAAAAUCUCCUGAGAAAGAUAAAUAAUUAUUGACAAAGGAGAAGUUUGUUUGGGCUCGGAAACUAUUUCUCUAUUGCAGGUUGUUCAUUCAAAUUCCUCCUAACUUGGAGACUAUUUUUUCCAAGCACCCCUCUGUCUUUCAAUCAUCACAGUUGUCUAUGAAUUAACAACAUGCAGAGCACUGGAGUCCUGUUUCAGUAUGGCAAAGUGUCAGGCUGGAGUAAUAGUGUUAUUAAAUAUGUUGGAUUCCUGUU